UUUAUAAAUCGCGCUAAUAAUCUUGGCUUGUAAGGUGGCCUACAUUUUUGAUAACGUGCGUAUCUCCACGUAUCUUUGACCGACGCUCGUCUCCAUGGGAACCGGAAAAAUAAUCAGCUGUCGGACAGCAGCUGUCCACCUGCGUCCACCUAUAGUAACACUUAACCUCGCGCAACAGGCCGCGCAAAAAGGUUUGUGUACAAACGUAUUACAGGAAUUCGCGAGGAUAUUAAUAUAUAUUGCAGAGUAUCGGGAGAAUUCGUGAAAAGACUGCACACAUUUUUUAUUGCCAUGAUCAGGAUAUCGAUAUUUACGUUAUUUUUGACAAACUUUUACGCCGCACUUUGCCAGGACGUUGAGAUCGACGCGAAUGGCUACAUCGUUUACUGUCCCUGCAUGGGCCGCUUCGGUAACCAGGCGGAUCACUUUCUAGGAGUCCUCGGAUUCGCCAAAGCCCUGAAUCGCACUCUGGUGUUACCACCGUGGGUCGAAUAUCGCACGGGCGAGACCAGAUCUGUGCAAGUACCGUUCGAUACCUAUUUUAAUGUUUCUCAAGUACAAAGUUGCCACAGAGCGAUACUCAUGGAGGAUUUUAUGGAGAAAGUCGCGCCCAAGAUAUGGCCACCUGAAAAGAGAAUAUCUUUCUGUUACGAGGCCCGCAUGGGGAGCAACGGCAACGGGUCCUGCAACGCUAAGCAAGGAAACCCGUUCGGUCCCUUCUGGGACACGUACAACAUAGAUUUCGUUAAGUCGGAAUUUUUCAAACCGCUCCAUUAUUACGACGUGUAUUAUACCCGGACGCGGCAGCUACAGUGGCAGCAGUACUAUCGGGCCGAGACCUGGCCGGUGCUGGCGUUCACGGGCGCGCCCGCGAGCUUCCCGGUCCAGCUCGUGAACAAGCCUCUGCAGAAGUGUCUCAACUGGAACGACGACAUUCUAAACAGAGCGAAGACGUUUAUAAAGGAAGUGUUGCCGAGGGGCGCAUUCGUCGGCAUACAUUUGCGGAAUGGGAUCGACUGGGAACGCGCGUGCGAACAUAUACCGUCUGCGCCGGAUCUCUUUGCCGCUCCCCAGUGCCUCGGUUAUCAGAACGAACGCGGCAAGGCAACCCUCUCGAUGUGCCUGCCGUCGUUCAACGUAAUAAUAACUCAGCUGAAGCGUGUUAUUCGCAACGGCAAAGACAUCAAGUCCGUGUUCGUGGCGUCUGACAAUGACUACAUGUUGGACAGACUCGGGGACGCUUUGGCGCGUAAAGAGGUAAGUCAGAUAUCGGUGUUCCGGCAGGCAUUGCCGGUGUCCGCACACUUGGAUCUGGCGAUUCUCGGAAGGUCCAACUAUUUCAUAGGAAAUUGCAUUUCCUCUUUCACUGCUUUCGUGGCGCGGGAAAGAGAAGUCAAGGGAUAUCCGACUUUCUUCUGGGGCUACCCUCCCAGAACCAGAACAGAGCUGUGAUAUUACAUUUUGUGACAUGAUACCUGCCAAAUGCGCAUAAUCGAUUUUUUUAUUAUGUUUAUAUUUAUAUAUUACUAUAUUAAGUAACUGAUGCAUGAUGAGAUUAAUUAUUAUACAUGUGUUUUAUUAAUACAAAAUACAAUUGUGACGUGGCAGAGCAGACUAAGUCAAGAAAGUGGUAUGUACUCUGCGAAGAUCGUUUCGGAUCGUCAGCAUAUAUUUCGCGCAAUAAAAAGUUUAUACAAAACAAA